AUGGCUUCGAGAUCCAGACGUAUCGAGCCGCGCUCGGGCAUUGCCUGUUCUGACGAUACCGUGCUAGCAUUACUAGAAGAAUCUGAUGUCGAUUUUAGCAGCGACGAUGAUACCCAAGAUCCCACAUAUAAUGAACCCACGGAAAUCGCUACACAAGAGCGUCGAAGGUAUGAUUCUAGUGAUUCUUCUGUAAAUUCAGACUCCCAUGAUGUUGUUGAGCCACCAUCGCCGGCUUUAUCGAGUGGAUCUAUAAUACGCCAGGCAACUGGCUCUGGUUUACGCCGAGCAAGAUCUUCUCGUCGCCCUCGAAGAUAUGAUUCUAUAACCGUUGAUGACUGGCUUAUUGAGACUGAUUUUAUGUACAAUUUAAAUCAAUAA